AUGGAAACAGGUUGGAAAAACCGAGAAGUUGCGGUAAGACUGCGGCGAAAUGGCAGUGAUGACGAUGUUGCUGGAGGUGUCAUUACGGUGAUACUGGUUGAAUGCUUACUGCAAUGGACAUUAUUUUCGAGAGUAGUGGAACAAAAUCCGCCACAAAACCAAAUGCACACAGGACGAUGUAGUAGAAAAAAGUACGAUGAUGUGUAUCAAGAACCGCAUCGGAGAGAUGCAGCGGCAACAGACAUCACAAUGUAA